AUGGCGACCAACGAUGGGAAGAGCUUCCCUCCGAGGAAAUGGUACAGGAGAGUACCGCUUCUAUCGACAACGCCAAUUGAGCAGCGCCUCACUGCACCAAAAUCAUCCCCUUCACCUGCAAAUGUCGAGGAUCAGAACAAUGGACAUCAUGAAAAGCUUCCUCUACCUGAGGCAAACGCCAAUUGGCUGUCCGUCUUGACAUUCGACUGGCUAGGUCGUCUUUUGCGAACAGGUUAUACAAGACCUCUUCAAAUCGACGAUUUGUAUGACAUGCCCAGUCACAGAUUGGUAGAAGACCAUUCAAAUCGACUUGAAGAGGCUUGGGCUGCAAGACUCGCUACCAAUCGCGGUAGAAAGCCAGUCAACUCCAAGAACCCACUAUCAUGGCGGCCAUUCUGGGCACGACACACAACUGACACAACUGUCUUGACAUUGGCCCUCAACGACGUCUGCUUCAAAUGGUUCUGGAUAGGCGGUAUUCUCAAACUAGCCGGUGAUCUAUCCCAAAUCAUCUCACCCCUUCUCAUCCGUUUCCUCAUCGGCACUCUAUCCGACUCCUCCCAGCAAGGUCUUCGCUCAGGUUUCGGCUAUGCAGUCGGCCUGUUCCUUCUUCUCGUCUUCUCAGUCACUUCCAAUGUCCACGGCUUCUAUCGCUCUUACACAACCGGAAUCUUGCUUCGCGGCGCUUUGAUGCAUGUCAUCUAUCGCAGAGCAACGACACAACUGAGUGAACGUGCCAAGCUCAAACAUGGUCUUGGAACAGGCAAGCUCAUGAGUCUCAUCAGCGCUGAUGUUACUCGCGUGGACUUUUGCUGUGGAUACUUCCAUGUUGCGUGGACAAGUAUCUUCCAGAUGCUGCUUUGCUUCGCUCUGACUGUUUGGACGAUGGGAUACAGCGCCUUGCCAGGCUUUGGUUUACUCGCCUUGCUGUAUCCACUUCAGUCGUUCAUGAUGCGUCGGCUUCUCCUUCUUCGAAGAGGUAGUAUGCCUUUUACUGAUGCACGCGUCAAAGCGGUUGUUGAGGCUGUAUCUGCGAUUCGUCUCGUCAAGACAAACGCUUACGAAGAGAGCUUGCUUUCCAAGAUUGGAAAAUUGCGAGCAGACGAAGUUGUCUAUAUUCGCAAGCGAAUGCUUCUGAGGGCUCUCAACACUGCGAUUUCUUACACGGCUCCUACGUUGGCUUCCGUCGUCAGCAUUGUCUGUUAUGGAGCCACGUCCAAGAAUGGCAUGGAUGCUGGAGUUGUGUUCUCCGGACUUGCAUAUUUUAUGCUUCUGAGAACACCACUCAUGGCAUUGCCUACUGCUCUUUCAGCAGUUGCUGACGCUAGAGCUGCAUUGGAACGGUUGGCUAUGUUCAUGUUGGCUUCUGACGUCGUCGCCGAUAAUCAAAAGUCGGAUCUACAGUCUGAUUUGGGUUACUCUUCUGAAAACUCUGAGUCAGAUGCUGUGAUUCGAGUUGAAGACGCUACCUUUGCUUAUCACGAUGAUGAACAGCUCUUGGCCGCGGAUGAGAAGAGGGAGCCAGAGACAUCAACCGUAAGUCAGCGAUUAUGGCUAGACUCAUUCUUGGUUAAGCGCAAUCAGCUCGUCUGCAUCGUCGGAGCUGUUGCAUCCGGCAAGUCCUCUGUAUUGAAAGCCCUUUUGGGUGAUCUGCAACUCGUACAAGCACGAUCCUUUCAUCUUGGUCUCGACAAGUCUUCUUCUCAGAUCGCCUUUGCACCACAAAGCGCUUGGCUUCUAAGCGAGACUGUGCGAGAAAACAUUGUCUUUGGUAGACCUUUUGACCACGCAUGGUACAACGAAGUCCUCACAAGGUGCUGCCUUCAACCAGACAUGAAGGUCUUGCCUGAUGGCGACAUGACAGUUGUUGGUGAAAACGGCGUUUCACUUUCUGGUGGCCAGAAACAACGCAUCAGUCUCGCUAGAGCCAUUUAUGGUAGAAGUUCGCUUCUUUUCCUCGAUGAUUGCUUUUCUGCUUUGGACGCUCACGUUGGUGCUCGUGUCUUCGACAUGGUUGUCAAUCAAGCGCGUCGUAACAACGAAGGUACCAUUGUUUUGGUCACGCAUUCCAUCCGUUUCGCGAGACAGGCAGAUCAUAUCGUUUACAUGGAGAAGGGUCGAAUUUCGGAACAAGGCUCGUAUGAGCAGCUGCAGAAUCUGAAUGGCGCUUUUACUCAGUUUGCUGGAUCUCAGCCUUUGAUUGCAGAGUCAGACUCGGGUUCCGAGACGGCUAGCAGCCAUGAUGAUGAACAAGCUGUCGAUGAGAAGGUCACUGAAAAAGAAGACCCCGGUUCAAAUGCCAAGGACAAACCAUCUACGACGCGAGGCAAAGAAGUGAUGCAAACAGAAGAACGCGUCGUAGGAUCCGUCAGCGGCAGGACCUACAUCCGGUACGCUCAGUUCGGUAACGCGUUCCUAACUGUUCCUCUUCUACUCAUAUCUAUUGCCAUCUACCAAGGCACCAGCAUCGUUUCACCUCUUUGGCUAAGUUGGUGGCAAAAGAAUCAGUACACAUCCAUCUCAGAAGAUGCAUACAUGGGCGGCUACGCAGCCUUUGGAGCAGGCCAAUCUCUCGGUCUCUUCUGUAUGAGCGCCACGUUUGCACUGUUCUGCUUCUGGUGCUCCAACAAGCUUCAUCAUGCGUCCAUGUCCAAAGUCUUGCUUGCACCGGUCGCUUUCUUUGAUACCACACCUCAGGGUAGAAUCACGCAUCGCUUCAGCAAGGAUGUUGAUGCUGUUGACAACGUUGUCGGCGAGACUUUGCGACUCUUCAUUUCUACCUUCGUGCAGGUUCUUGGAACGAUCAUCGUUGUGAGCAUUAUCGUGCCUGCGUUUUUGGCGAUUGCGUUUGCUUUGUUGUUGGUUUACACGUGGACGGGAAUGUACUACCGACCUUCUUCGCGAGAACUUCGUCGGCUUAACAAUUUGCUUCGAAGUCGCAUCUAUGAGCAUUUCGGCGAGUCGCUCUCGGGUUUACCGACCUUGAAAGCUUUUGGCGCGGUGCCUCGCUUUGUUGACGACAAUGCCCGUAAGAUCGACACGGAAAACACGGCUUACUGGCUCUCUAUCGCGUGUCAGCGAUGGCUCAACCUGCGUCUCGAUCUGUGUGGUGCAACUCUCGUGUUAGCUGCUGGUUUGUUGGUUGUCGGACUGCGAGGAACUAUUGAUCCCUCCUCUGGUGGUGUAGUCUUGUCAUACAUCGUCACCGCGCAAGCGGUCUUUGGAAACAUGAUUCGUCAAAGUGCAGAGAUCGAGAACAACAUGAACUCGGUGGAAAGGAUGCUUCAUUAUGCUUACAACAUUGAACAAGAACCUGAACAUCGGGUUGAGCGAGUGGACAAGGAGCUGGAGACGAGUCAGUGGCCGAGUGCUGGACAUGUUCAGUUUCAGUCUUUUACUCUUAGCCAUCGCCCUGGCUUGGAUCCUGCACUGAAGGAUAUUAAUCUGGAUAUCAGGCCUGGUGAAAAGGUUGGCGUUGUCGGACGUACAGGAGCUGGCAAGACAACGUUAAUUUCGGCUCUGCUGCGAAUCACCGAACCUACAAACGGCCGAAUCCUCAUCGAUGGCGUCGACAUCCACACAGUUGGCCUUCACAUCCUUCGAUCGAACCUAUCAGUUAUCAGCCAAGACGCAGUCUUGUUAGCCGGCACUAUCCGCUACAACCUCGAUCCCUUCCAACAAUAUGACGACGAGUGGCUUCGACAAUGUUUAGAUCGCGUCGGUCUAAGCCAAAUACCAUCAAACACAGAUGCCGAAAAGCAAGACUCUGACUCGAGCGGCGACGUACCAAGCCUCAACCUCGACUCUGAAGUCAAAGAAAACGGGUCCAACAUCUCACAAGGACAACGAUCGUUAAUCUCUAUCGCACGCGCUCUUGUGCGCAAGUCGAAGAUUGUCAUUCUCGACGAGGCCACCGCGUCUAUCGAUGGCAGAUCAGAUGCAAAGCUCCAGGCCAUGCUUAACGAGGUCGUGGGCGAUGCGACUGUUCUUACUGUGGCCCAUCGACUGGAUACUAUUGUUUCUACGUGCGACAAGGUUGUUGUCAUGGACAGUGGACGAGUAGUCGAGUUUGCUACUGUUUCUGAGCUUUAUGCACAGCCUGGUAGUAUUUUUAGAUCUCUUUGUGAUGCUGCAAAGAUUUCUCUUUGA